AUGACUGACUGCAAGCCGCUAGCCACACCAGCGUCCAUUAGUCAACCAGUGAGCCAGUCCAUCGAACCUUUUGACAAUCCAACACAAUACAGGCGACUUGCGGGGGCACUUCAGUAUCUUUCCAUCACUCGGCCGGACAUAUCCUAUGCGGUCAACCGCCUAUGUCAGUUUAUGCACAAUCCCACACAGGAGCAUUGGGGUCUGCUCAAACGUGUCCUCCGCUAUAUAAAGGUGACGCUAGACUACGGGCUUCGCAUCUCACCAUCCAGGACCUCGGAAAUACAUGCUUACUCAGAUUCUUUCUGGGCCGGAUGUCUAGUGGAUCGUAAGUCCACCAGCAGUUAUGCUGUUUUCAUAGGUACCAACCUUGUCUCAUGGGUUUCUAGGAAACAGCGUACAGUGGCUCGUUCAUCAACCGAAGCUGAAUAUAAAGGCUUAGCAGACGUCUGUGCAGAGGUGACAUGGGUUCUAUCGUUGCUACGAGAAUUGGGCCUCGACUCUUCGGUACCACCGACUCUGUGGUGUGACAACCUCGGAGCUACAUACUUAUACGCCAACCCGGUGUUUCAUGCACGCACCAAACAUGUCGAGGUGGACUACCACUUUGUCUGA